ACUCUCCCUUUGCAUUUAGCCCUCACAGGGGCAGGAGGAACGAAGGCUGGACCCAGAACUCGUAGUCCUAGGGUGAUAGUGAAGGGGUCCCGGGGAGCAGUGACUCCCCUCCCACCCCAUUUUCCACUGGCGCCUGAAGAAAACCAGCUGGGAAAAUGAAGAACUGCUGGAAAAUUCCAGCUUUCUUCUUCAUCUGCAGUUUCCUGGGACCCUGGGCAUCUGCGGCAGUCAAGCGUCGCCCAAGAUUUCCUGUCAAUUCAAAUUCUAAUGGUGGAAAUGAACUCUGUCCAAAAGUCAGGAUUGGUCAAGAUGAUUUACCUGGGUUUGACCUGAUUUCUCAGUUCCAGAUAGAUAAAGCAGCAUCUCAAAGAGCUAUCCAGAGAGUAGAGGGAUCAACUACAUUACAAGUGGCUUACAAGUUGGGAAGUAAUGUAGACUUCAGGAUUCCAACCAGGCAUUUAUAUCCCAGCGGACUGCCUGAAGAAUACUCCUUUCUAACUACUUUCCGGAUGACUGGAAGCACACUUGAAAAGAACUGGAGCAUUUGGCAGAUUCAGGAUUCCUCAGGGAAGGAGCAAGUUGGUGUGAAGAUUAAUGGCCAAACCAAAUCGGUUGCAUUUUCAUACAAGGGACUGGAUGGAAGCCUCCAAACUGCAGCUUUUUCAAAUUUGCCCUCCUUGUUCGAUUCUCAGUGGCAUAAGAUCAUGAUUGGCGUGGAAAGGAGUAGUGCUACUCUUUUUGUUGACUGUGUCAAAAUUGAAUCCUUACCCAUUAAACCAAGAGGCCAAAUUGAUGUCGAUGGCUUUGCUGUGCUGGGAAAACUUGCAGAUAAUCCUCAAGUUUCUGUUCCAUUUGAACUUCAGUGGAUGCUGAUUCAUUGUGACCCCCUGCGGCCCAGGAGAGAAACUUGCCAUGAGCUGCCAGUGAGAAUAACGCCCAGCCAGACCACUGAAGAGCGAGGUCCCCCAGGUGAGCAGGGGCCUCCUGGGCCUCCGGGGCCCCCUGGAGUUCCUGGCAUCGAUGGCAUCGACGGUGACAGAGGUCCCAAGGGUCCCCCGGGCCCCCCGGGUCCAGUUGGAGAACCAGGAAAGCCAGGAGCUCCAGGCAAGCCCGGCACGCCUGGUGCCGAUGGUUUAACAGGACCUGAUGGAUCUCCUGGCUCUGUUGGACCAAGGGGACAAAAAGGAGAACCUGGUGUGCCUGGAUCUCGUGGAUUUCCAGGCCGUGGUAUUCCUGGACCCCCUGGUCCUCCUGGGACAGCAGGACUCCCUGGAGAGCUUGGCCGAGUAGGACCCAUUGGAGACCCUGGGAGAAGAGGACCACCUGGCCCCCCUGGACCCCCAGGACCCACUGGAGCAAUCGGCUUUCAUGAUGGAGAUCCACUGUGUCCCAAUUCCUGUCCACCAGGUCGCUCAGGAUAUCCAGGCCUACCAGGCAUGAGGGGCCAUAAAGGGGCAAAGGGAGAAAUUGGUGAACCAGGAAGACAAGGACACAAGGGUGAAGAGGGUGACCAAGGAGAACUGGGAGAAGUUGGAGCUCAAGGACCUCCAGGAGCUCAAGGUUUGAGAGGCAUCACUGGCGUAGUUGGAGACAAGGGGGAAAAAGGUGCUCGCGGCUUAGAUGGAGAACCUGGACCUCAGGGUCUUCCUGGUGCACCUGGUGAUCAAGGACAGCGAGGACCUCCUGGAGAAGCAGGUCCCAAGGGAGAUAGAGGGGCUCAAGGUUUGAGAGGAAUCCCUGGCCCCCCUGGACCCAAAGGAGAUGCGGGCUUGCCAGGUGUGGAUGGCCGUGAUGGAAUACCUGGAAUGCCUGGAACAAAGGGUGAACCAGGGAAACCUGGACCUCCUGGUGAUGCGGGACUACAGGGAUUACCGGGUAUACCUGGACUUCCUGGUGCAAAGGGUGUUGCCGGUGAAAAGGGUAACACAGGUGCUCCAGGAAAGCCUGGUCAACUGGGAAAUUCUGGCAAACCGGGCCAACAAGGGCCUCCAGGAGAAGUGGGACCCCGAGGACCCCGGGGGCUUCCUGGCAGUAGAGGUGAAGUAGGACCAGUCGGAGCUCCAGGCAUACCAGGCAAAUUGGGUUCUGUUGGCAGCCCCGGCCUCCCUGGCUUGCCUGGCCCUCCUGGACUUCCUGGAAUGAAAGGUGACAGGGGAGCAGUUGGUGAAGCUGGGCCAAAGGGCGAACAGGGUGCCUCGGGUGAAGAAGGCGAAGCAGGAGAAAGGGGUGAACUUGGAGAUAUAGGAUUACCUGGCCCGAAGGGAUCUGUGGGUAAUCCUGGGGAGCCAGGCUUGAGAGGGCCUGAAGGAAGUCGGGGGCUUCCUGGAGUUGAGGGGCCCAGAGGACCACCUGGACCCCGAGGUGUGCAAGGAGAACAGGGUGCCACAGGCCUGCCUGGCAUCCAGGGCCCUCCGGGUAGAGCACCGACAGACCAGCACAUUAAGCAGGUUUGCAUGAGAGUCAUACAAGAACAUUUUGCUGAGAUGGCUGCUAGUCUCAAACGUCCGGACUCAGGUGCCUCGGGCCUCCCUGGAAGACCUGGCCCCCCUGGCCCCCCUGGUCCUCCUGGAGAGAAUGGUUUCCCCGGCCAGAUGGGAAUUCGUGGCCUCCCAGGCAUUAAAGGCCCCCCUGGUGCUCUUGGUUUGAGGGGACCUAAGGGUGACUUGGGAGAAAAGGGGGAGCCUGGUCCUCCAGGAAGAGGUCCCAAAGGUUUGCCUGGAGCUACAGGUCUCCCAGGUGACCCAGGCCCUGCCAGCUACGGGAGAAAUGGCCGGGAUGGCGAGCGAGGACCGCCAGGGGUGGCAGGAAUUCCUGGUGUGCCUGGCCCUCCAGGUCCUCCUGGCCCUCCUGGUUUCUGUGAGCCAGCUUCUUGCACCUUGCAGGCGGGUCAGCGGGCAUUUAGUAAAGGGCCUGAUCAGUGAGGGGCUUAGUACCAUGCGGCCGUUUGCAGAAUCCACACUUGGUGAAGGAACUUGGCAGAGGACCACCCCCAAGCCCCCAGAGCUGGGGCAAAGAUGACAGUGUAUUAUGUUCAACGUGAUUACGGAAGUCCUACAAUCAUAUCUAGAACAAUGGUGCUAUUCAACAAGUCCUCUUUCCUUUCUCUUGGGAAGAAGAUAGAAGAUUCUUUUUUUUAAGUGAAAGCAAAACCAAAAACCUCCCUUUAGAUAAAUGAUAAAUUUACAAUCCUCUUCCUAAGGUCUUGAACUUUAGUGUGCUAUAUACAUACGUGAUUUAUAGUGGGCCACUGUGCCAAUAAACAAAAAUAACUGUUUGGUUUACCUCAGUUGCAGUAGUUAUUUUAAUUUUCACUUGGAUGUUGUUCUCAGAUUAUUUCAGUUAUAUGGAGGCUUACUAGACUGGUUAUAAAGAAACCCCACUGUGUAUAAGAGAAUGGUGCUUAACAUCCCCAUCAAUGUGCUCUCAAGAGUGGCAAUAAAGAGCUGUGUCACCCAGAAUGAUUUCCUUAUAUCUCAUGUUGGUUUUCAUCUUGAGCCUGAAUUUUUGUUGAACUGUAUGUACUGUACUCCAAACUUGUUAAUAUCUUGAGCUCUUCUCUGUGAAAGUAAAGAAGAAAUUUUAAUAUCCUGGCAAUCGUAAGUUUUAUUGAUGAGUUUAUUUAUUUUUAAAGGGUUGAGGUAACAUCGCUGGUUGUACCAAAGAAAAAAUAAAUAUGGUUUCUUAAUA